AUGUCGUCCACCAAUCAGCAACAGGGAGCACAGACUCAACCCCGAAUAUCAGCACCUAACACCGCCAUGGCUGAGAUCGUUGUUGGACCCAAGGCAAAACGCUUCACUGUGCAGCUCAAUCGCAUCGUCUACUACUCGCCCUUCUUCCUCGCUGCUCUGAAAGGAUCUUUCAAAGAAGCCAAAGACAAAAUCGUCACCCUGCCUGACACUGAAGCGAACAUCUUCGAGCUGUUCGUCCACUGGCUUUAUCGUCAACGCUUUCCUACGGAGGGAGACUCUCCCCGACUACUCGCACUUUACAACGGCGGCGACGAAUACCCCUACUUCCAAUCCGCUAAGCUGAUGAAACUCUACGUGUUCUCCGACAAGUACAACGUCCCUAAGCUGAAACGAGAUUGCCUGGACGCGCUCUUCGAGCAUCUCGGGGAUGAAACUGCGUAUAAACUGCCGAAUCUAAACGACGUUGCCUACGCGGUCAAGAAUUUGAACGAUGAGGAUCCGCUUCUUCGCAUGAUUAUCGACGGCUUCUGCUACCACGGUAACGGUGAGUGCUGGGAGACUGAACAGAUCCAGAAUUUGCCGUUUCCUUUCAUAGCAAAGCUUAUGAAACAUCUUAGCGAUUUCCGCGACUAUGGUAUGGAAGACGUCAAGGAGCCUGAAUUAUGCGACUAUCAUGGUCAUGCAACGACUGAAGAGAGGGAGACAUGUGAGAAUAGGCGAGAGAUGGAAGAGCAGGCGAGGGAGAUGACGGAGGAUUGA